AUGAGGGUAGUAGCGGCACUGCUGGUCGCCUGCUUGGCGGCCUCGGCCCUGGCGCAGGAUGCCGCCAAGGCCGCGGCGCCUGCCAAGCCCGCACCCCCUGCAGCCCCUGCCGCCACACCAAAGGCCGACCCCGCAGUGGCGCCUAAGGCGGUAGCCCCUGCCACACCUGCUGCUAAGCCAAGUGCCCCUGUCGCGGCUGGCGCCCCUAGCCAGCAGUCCAGCGGCCCGGCCGAGCCCCGUUGGGCGGCGAUGACCGCCAAGAUCGCGGGCAUGGCGGGCAUCUGCAACAAGCUGACCCAGAAGUGGCAGUGCAACAGCGGCAGUCAGAUCUGCACAUGGGACGAGGCGCAGAAGCCCCCGUGCGUGGUCCCCGAGAGCUUCGUUCGCAGCAAGCUCAUAUCCUCCGUCCCCUGCCCCGGCAGCCUGAUGGAGGGCUGGUUCGCCUGCACCGCCGCCAACAACAACAAGGGCGCGUGCCUGGCCAAGAAGGCCGCCUGCACCUGGACCGACUGGGGCAACUACACCAGCCUGCCGCUGCCCACGCGCCGCCGCAUGCUCGUCGACGCAGGGGAGGGCGAGCCCGGCGCGUGCCAGCUGACGGAGGUGUUCCUCAGGCGCAAGGGCGAGGAGUGGGACGCGCUCAGCACCCUGGCCUUCCAGAUUUCCCACCUGGACAAGACAGUUUGGGGCGACUGCUCGACGGUCAAGCAGCUCAACACCCUGGUGCCCCCCGCCUCCAGGCAGCCCUGCGCCGCUGCCCGCACCAAGGCGGCCUGCGUCGUGGCCGCGCCGCUCUGCGCCUGGCAGGUACGGAAGCCCGGGGACGCGGCCUCCGACGCCCUCUCCAGGCACUGGCCCGAGGGCGACUGCGCCACGACCUGCAACACCACCGACCGGCCCACGUGCGACAAGUACGGGGACGAGUGCAUGUGGGCGGCCGCGGCCGGCGCCUGCGCGGUCAACGACGGCAGCGCGUCGCGCGACGCCGGGCCGGCGGGCAACGCGACCGCGGCCGGCGCGCCGGCGAGCCCUAAGGCGGCGUGCGCGGACCAGGGCAGGGGGGAUGCCCGCGUGGCGUGCGCCGCUGAGUCAGCCAUCGACGACGCGGCGUUCACGCUCAUCCAGAUCUCAAAGGAGGCCGCCUCCAAGGAGGAGGCCCCUGCCGCCGCCAACGCGACCGAGGCGCCGGCCGCGCCCAAGAACGGCGCGGCAGCGGGUCGCGUCGGCGGUGCGCUGGCGGGCCUUGCGGCGCUCGCGGCGGCCGCGCUGCUGCUCUGA